CACACUGUUCUGCAACUGCAUUGGGUGAAAUGGAGUGAGGUGGCUGAGAUUAGCUGGAGGAUUAGAGGCUUUCGGGGGGGACGUGCCCCUCUCUGGAGGCCCCGAUUGGCUGGCCUGCCGCGCCCCAGGGGGCGGAGCAGCCAUGACUGACCAGGGGAUGCUGAGCCUGUUUGGGGAAGAUGGGGCCCUGUUCUCUGAGGGGCUGCGGGACCUGGGCGAGUGCGGCUAUCCUGGCGACGGCCAGCAGAUGGCGAUGGAGCCGGGCUUCGACCCCCUGCAGCAGAACCAGUUCCACCACUACGGCCAGUACGAGCCCCCAGGGGGCGCCAUGUUGGGGAGCCCUCAGCAGUACCACCCCUCUGCCCCGGCCCCCGGCCCCCACCCAUGUCUCAGCCGCACGCCGGGUACCCCAGCAUGCAGGCGAGAGGCAGGGCCAGCCUUUUAUGGGUGGCAGCACCAUGUGGGGCCUGGAUCCACGCCCGCACCCCCACAGGCCCCUCCCCCCGGGCCCCAUGCCCCCCUUCAGCCGAUGGGGGUGUACGCAGGUGCAGUCGGAGGGGAGUACACCCAGCAGAAUCUGCCCCAGGGCGGCCCCGCCGGCCCCCAACCGUUUUGCGGGGCAACGCAGGCCCCCAGCAGGGUCCUAGAAUGGGGGGGCCCGCCCAUGCGUCACCCAGUGCAGCAGCCGCCACGCCCUCCGCACCACCCUGCCCCGGGACCGUUCCACCCAGAGCCCGUGGCGCACGGUCGCUGCUUCUCCCCAAACGCGCAGCCACACCCCCUGCAUCAGCAGAGCAUGGGCUACAGCCCCCACAGGCAGCCCGUGCCCCAUAACCUUCCAAAACGGCUCCGCCCGCUUCCCCUUCCUACCCCAGCCCCAAUCAGGGCUCGGCUGGCGGCGUGGGGGCGGGGCCAAAUGCGAUGCAGGCGCAGGGAUACGCUGGUGCCGCUGAUUUCCUGCCCCAGGGGCCCGUACCCCUCCAGCAGCACCAGCAGCCCCUGCACGGGCCCCCAAUGGGCCCCACCCACAACCACCACCAGCAGCAGCACCAGGCUCCGCCCCCCCCAAAUGUCUUACGGCUCCGGCCCCCCCAUGUCCCCGAUGAAGGGCGUCGCCAACCCACAGGUGCCACCACUGCCCCGCCCCCGCAGGGAGUUGCCAUGGGAACGGGGAUGGAGGUGGCCGGGUAUCCCAGCGUGCCUCUCCAGCCUCAGGGGGCUGUGGGCUUGUCCCAAACCCAGCAGCCCCUCCCCCCUCAGCCUUACGGGGGCAUGCCUCAGUGCCAGCCAUCCCACAAUCCCUUGCAGCAGGACAAGGGAUGUCGUUCCACAGCUGCCACCGUCGCAGCCCCAUGUGACCACGCCCCCUCACCAGCAGCCUUGGACACAGCCUCGCCCCCAGCUUCCUGUCACUCACAAAGUGCCUGUCGCUCAGCCUUCUCCGCUGGAUCCGUCUCCUGAAGCUCCAGCCCCUGAACUGCGGCCCGCCCUGGACAGCAGCACCCAGCCGCUGACCUCUGACCCCGGGGACGGGGACCAGAAGCCCAAGAAGAAGAAGAAGCAGAAGAAGAAGAAGGAGGUGAAAGCUGAGGAGAAGGAGAAGGAGCCGAAUGCUGUGAAUGGACCCGAGGAAGGGGCUUCACCGGGGGCCAAAAAGAAAAAGACCAAAGCCAAGGAGCCGGGCACCCCCAAAACACCCAAGACCCCCAAGCCCCCCAAAACGCCCAAGACCCCCAAAACGCCUAAAACUCCCAAAGAGCCAAAGGAGAAAAAGGUGAAGCCUGCUACGCCCAAGACUCCAAGCUCCAAGAAGCCCAGCGUGAAGAAGGCGAGCCCAGAGACGGAUACUGUAGCAAAAAAAGAGGUGAAACGGAAGAGAGAGAGCAGUGAUCACUCUGAUGUGGAAGAAAGGAUCCCCCCUGCUUCUCCGGAGGAGGAGGAUGAUGAUGGAGGAACACAGAAGCGGCGCUCCAGCAGGCAGGUGAAGCGGAAACGCUACACGGAGGAGCUGGAGUUCAAGAUCUCAGACGACGAGGGUGACAGGAAGGAGGGAGGCAGGCGAGCGGCUCAGUCUGAGCAGCCUGCCGGGGCCGAGGGUCCCGUUGUGGAGAAGAUCAUGGCUGCCCGGCUGGUGAAGAAAACGAGCAACUGUGGGGAAGAGGUGGAAGUGGAGGAGUUUUAUGUCAAAUUCAAAGCCUUCUCCUAUCUGCACUGUCGCUGGGCGGACAUGGAGGAGCUGGAGAAGGACAAGCGGAUCCAGCAGAAGGUCAAGAGGUUCAAGGCCAAGCAGUCGCUCAACAGCUUCCUGAGCGAGAUGGAUGAGGAGCCUUUCAACCCAGAUUAUGUGGAAGCCGAUCGGAUCCUGGACGUUUCUGAGGGCACUGAUGAAAACGGAGAGCCUGUCACUCACUGCCUGGUGAAGUGGUGCUCCCUGCCCUAUGAGGACAGCACCUGGGAGCUCAAAGCCGACGUCGACCAGGAGAAGAUCCAGGAGUUUGAGCGGCUGAUGGCCCGGGAGCCUGACCUGGGGAGAGUGGAACGCCCCCCUGCGGAUGAUUGGCAGGAGCUGAAGAGCUCCAGGGAAUAUCAAAAUAGCAACAGUCUCAGGGAGUACCAGCUGGAGGGAGUGAACUGGCUGCUCUUCAACUGGUACAACACACGUAACUGCAUACUGGCAGAUGAGAUGGGUCUGGGGAAGACCAUCCAGUCCAUCACCUUCCUGUACGAGAUGUUCCUGAAAGGUGUCCACGGCCCCUUCCUGGUGAUCGCCCCCCUCUCCACCAUCCCCAACUGGGACAGGGAGUUCCGCACCUGGACCAACCUCAACGUGGUGGUGUACCACGGGAGCCAGGCCAGCCGCAAAACCAUCCAGGCCUACGAGAUGAACUUUAGGGACGCAGAGGGCGCUAUUAUAAAGGGAGCGUAUAAGUUCCACGCCAUCAUCACCACGUUUGAGAUGAUCUUGACAGACUGCCCAGAGCUUCGCUCCAUUGGCUGGCGCUGUGUGAUUAUAGACGAGGCUCACAGACUCAAGAACAGGAACUGCAAGCUUCUGGAGGGGCUCAAGAUGAUGGACAUGGAGCACAAGGUUCUGCUCACAGGCACCCCUCUGCAGAACACCGUGGAGGAGCUCUUCAGCCUGCUCAACUUCCUGGAGCCCCAGCGCUUUCCCUCUGAAGCCACCUUCAUGCAGGAAUUCGGGGACCUGAAGACCGAGGAACAGGUGCAGCAGCUCCAGGCCAUCCUGAAGCCCAUGAUGCUGCGGAGGCUGAAGGAGGACGUGGAGAAGAACCUGGCCCCCAAGCAGGAGACCAUCAUCGAGGUGGAGCUCACCAACGUGCAGAAGAAGUACUACCGCGCCAUCCUGGAGAAAAACUUUGCCUUCCUGUCCAAGGGGGGGUCGGGAGGAGGCAGCGGUGGCGGAGGGGGCAACGGCAAUGUCCCAAACCUGCUGAACACUAUGAUGGAACUGAGAAAGUGCUGUAACCACCCCUACCUCAUUAAUGGAGCGGAGGAGAAGAUCGUGGAGGAGUUUCGGGAGGCGCACCCCGGCGAGGGCCCUGAGCUGCUCCUGCAGGCCAUGGUGCAGGCGGCGGGAAAGCUGGUGCUCAUCGAUAAGCUGCUGCCCAAGCUGAAGGCCGGGGGCCACAGGGUGCUCAUCUUCUCCCAGAUGGUGCGCUGCCUGGACAUCCUGGAAGACUACCUCAUCCAGAAACGGUACUCGUAUGAGCGCAUCGACGGCCGGGUCCGGGGCAACCUUCGGCAGGCGGCCAUCGACCGUUUCUCGCGCCCGGACUCGGACCGCUUCGUCUUCCUGCUGUGCACCCGGGCGGGAGGCCUGGGCAUCAACCUGACCGCGGCCGACACCUGCGUCAUCUUCGACUCGGACUGGAACCCACAGAACGACCUGCAGGCCCAAGCCAGAUGCCACAGAAUCGGACAGAGCAAAGCGGUGAAGAUCUACCGGCUGAUCACCAGGAACUCGUACGAGAGGGAGAUGUUCGACAAGGCCAGCCUGAAGCUGGGCCUGGACAAGGCCGUGCUGCAGUCCAUGAGCGGCCGGGAGAACGUGGCUAACGGGGUCCAGCAGCUCUCCAAGAAGGAGAUCGAGGACCUCCUGCGGAAGGGGGCGUACGGGGCUCUGAUGGAGAACGAGGACGAGGGCUCCAAGUUCUGCGAGGAGGACAUCGAUCAGAUCCUGCAGCGGCGCACACAGACCAUCACCAUCGAGUGCGACGGGAAGGGCUCCACCUUCGCCAAGGCCAGCUUCGUGUCUGCCGGGAACAGGACGGACAUCUCCCUGGAGGACCCUGAUUUCUGGCAGAAGUGGGCAAAGAAGGCGGAGCUGGACAUGAGCGUGAUAAACCGACGAAACACGCUGGUGAUCGACACGCCCAGGGUGCGGAAGCAGACCCGCCACUUCAGCGCCGCCAAGGAGGACGACCUGCUGGAGUUCUCUGACCUGGAGAGCGACGGGGAGGACCAGCCCACCCCCAGGACCCGCCGGCCCCAGGACCGCGCCCACGGGUACCCCCGCAGCGCCUGCUUCAGGGUGGAGAAGAACCUGCUGGUGUAUGGCUGGGGCCGUUGGGCUGACAUUCUGUCCCACGGGCGGUACAAGCGGCCCCUGUCUCUGCGGGAUGUGGAGACCAUCUGCAGGGCUCUGCUGGUGUACUGUGUGCAGCACUACAGGGGCGACGAAAACAUCAAGAGCUUCAUCUGGGACCUGAUCACCCCCACCGAGGAUGGGCGCACCCGCGACCUGCUCAACCACUCCGGUCUGUCGGCCCCUGUCCCUCGGGGGCGGAAGGGUAAGAAGGGGAAGGCCCAGGGGGCCCCGCCCUCCCUGCAGCAGGCUGACUGGCUGGCCCGUUGCAACCCCAACGCCCUGCUGCAGGAGGACAGCUACAAGAAGCACCUCAAGCACCACUGCAACAAAGUGCUGCUGAGGGUGCGAAUGCUGUACUAUCUGAGACAGGAAGUCAUCGGCAGCCAGGCAGAGAAGAUCCUGGAGGGGGCUGAUUCCAGUGAAAUAGACAUCUGGAUCCCGCAGCCUUUCCUGGCUGAGAUGCCCUGCGAUUGGUGGGACAGGGAGGCGGACAGGUCCCUGCUCAUUGGUGUCUUUAAACACGGCUAUGAGAAGUACAACUCCAUGCGUGCCGACCCCGCGCUGCACUUCCUGGAGAAGGCGGGCCCCCCGGACCCCAAAGCUGUCGCCGCGGAGCAGGGGGGUGCAGACCUGGCGGCCGACGGAGCCGAGGGGGGAGAUCUGGACCCGGAUGAAGACCCUGAGUACAAACCUGCCAGGAUGGCUUUUAAAGAGGAAAUGGAGGAAUUUACAAACUCCUCGCUGGGUGAUGAAGAGGCUACGGAUGCUCUGGGCGGGCAGUCGAGCCAAAAUGGCGGUCCAGGGAAGCUGCGCUGGCCCAGCACCUCGGCUCUGACCGGGCGGCUGCGGAGGCUGAUCGCGGCGUACCAGCGCAGCCACAAGAGGGAGCAGCAGCGACAGGAGGCCCUGCUCAUGCUCCAGGCCCACAGACACCACCCCCAGCAGCCUGCCUGGGCCAUGGCUCCCCAGAGAGAGACCGUCACCCCCGACCGCCGGCAGAGGUGGACUCGGAGGGAGGAGGCGGAUUUCUACCGCGUGGUGUCCACCUUCGGCGUGCUGCGCGACGGCUCGCGCUUCGACUGGAGGCACUUCCGCACCUUCGCCCGCCUCGACCGCCGCUCCGACCACAACCUGGAGGCCUACUUCCUGUCCUUCGUGGCCAUGUGCCGACGGGUGUGUCACCUGCCACUCCGGCCAGAGGACGAGACGCUGGACCCCAGCGUGUGGGUGGAGCCCAUCACGGCCGAGCGCGCCUCGCGCACCAUGUACCGCAUCGAGCUGCUGCGCCGCAUCCGGGAGCAGGUGCUGCCGCACGCCGCCGCGACGGAGCGCCUGCAGCUGUGCCAGCCCAGCCCCGACCUGCCCGAGUGGUGGGAGUGCGCCCGGCACGACCGCGCCCUGCUGCUGGGCGCCUCCAAGCACGGCCUGAGCCGCACCGACUACCACAUCUUCAACGACCCCGAGCUGGGCUUCCUGGAGGCCCACCGCAAGUUCACCCAGCGGCCCGCCGCCGCCGCCGCGGCCCCGCCGCUUAAAGACGAGCUGACCGCCCCCAGACCGCGCUCGCGCAAGAUGGAGGACGGCUGCGGUCGGGGGGAGGAGAAGAUGGAGGAGGAGGAGCUGAGCGACGAGGGGACGGGCGGUGGAAAGCGGGGCCCUGGGAGCGGGGAGAUCAAAGCUGAGGAACAGGAGGAGGGGCCCAAGGCUGAGACACAGGAGGAGGGGCCCAAGGCUGAGACACAGGAGGAGGGGCCCCAGGCUGAGGAACAGGAGGAGGGGCCCAAGGCUGGGGAACAGGAGGAGGGGCCCAAGGCUGAGGAACAGGAGGAGGGGCCCAAGGCUGAGAAACAGGAGGAGGGACUGAAAGCUGAGGGAGAGGAGGAGGAGCCUAAAGCUGAACGGGAGGAGGUGGAGCCUAAAUCUGAACCCAAGCCGCGCUCCGAGAAAGGGUCUGAAGAUGACGAUGAGGACAAAAUGGAGGAAGAUUAUAAAUCGGAGUCCUCUCAGGCUGCAGCAAGCGCCACCUCUCAGGAGAAGACCUUUGACGAGGAGAGUAACGCUUCCCUGAGCACGGCGCUAGACGAGACUCGCGACGGAUUCCCCUCUGAGGACGCUCCUGUCCUCUACGACCGGUCACUCUCCUUCUGCCACUGGCCCAAGGACAGAGUGGUGAUCGACCGGCUGGACGUCAUCUGUGAGACGGUGCUGAAAGGGAAGUGGCCCGCUAACAGGCGGCAGCUCUUCGACUUCCCGCCGACGCAGUUGCCUGGAUACGGGAGUGCCGCGGCGGGGAGCCCUGGGGCGCGAGGCUUCGCCGAUCUGGCCACAGCGGGCCAGUCCGGCAGCGAGGAGACGGCCCUGCCCCCCCAGGACGAGGCUCUGAGUGCGGGAUUCCUCCCCUCUCAGCGGCGCGGGUGGAGGAAGAUGGAGGUGGAGGCGGAGAGGGUGGCCAAGCGCAGGCACCUGAUGGACAUGGUGGCCCAGCUGAGGGAGUCACAUUCCAGCACCCUGUCCACCUCGCACCCCUCCGCUGCGUUCGCCCUGCCCUCCUCCUCCACCCCCUCCGACACCCAGAGGGGCCGGGCCGAGUCCCCCGGCCCGAACGGGGCCUUCCUGGAGGACGAUCUGCCCAUGAAGAGGCGCAGGGGCCGGCGGAGGAACGUGGAGGGGCUGGACCUGCUCUUCGCCCAGCACAGGAAGGCAGCUCCAAACCCGGAGGACUCCGAAAUGACCAAAGCUUUCCUGGAAGGGGUGCGGAUGCCCCCACAAACACAGCCGAACAUUCCAGCCUUAGCGGGACAGGACCCCAAGAGUCAGGCUGCCCUGGACAGCCUGGUGGACAGAAACGGGGUGCUUGGAGGCAGCGCCCUCGGCAACAAGAACCUGGCAGAGUGGCUGGGACGACACCCCGCCUACUCCAGCGACACAGCAAGCUAUUCGCCAAAGAAGGACGAGCUUCCCCUCUCGCCGUUUCACACUCCGAAGCAGAAGAGACAUCGCUGCCGCAACCCCAGCAAGAUCGACGUCAACACCCUGACCGGGGAGGAGAGGGUGCCCGUGGUCAACCGGCGGAGUGGCAGGAAGCUGGGUGGGUCAUUUGCCCCGCCGAUGAAGGACUUGCCUCGUUGGCUGAAGGAAAACCCGGAUUUCGCAGUUUCUCCGGAUUGGACUGACAUUGUCAAGCAGUCGGGCUUCCUUCCAGAGACCAUGUUUGGGGGGCUCCUGUCGGGGCCCGUGGUGAGAGAGGAGGGGGUGUGCCGCCGUGGGCGGAGGCCGAAGAGCGAGGGGGUGCGGGCCCCUGCCCCCAUGUCGGCCCCGGCCCCCGCGGGGCUCAACCCCCUGCUGAUGGGGGGGCUGAUGGGGGGUCUGCAGGGCCUGCAGCUGGCCGGGCUCAUGGGCUUCCCCCAGGCGGACCCCAAGCAGGCCGCCGCCCUGCUGCCCCUCAUGCUGCCUAACAUGCUGGGCCUCAGCGGCCUGUUCGGUAACCUGGCCACGGCCGCUGCCUCCUCCCCCGCCGGGCAGGCAGAGCCCGAGGCCACGGCCACGCCCAAGAAGACGAAGAAGAAGAAGAAGAAGAAGAAGAAGGAAGAGGAGGAGGAGGAAGAGGAGGGGGAGGCGGAGGAGGAGGAGGAGAGGAAUGCCGAGGCGGAGGGAGGAGCUGCCGCCAGCGCCAUCUCUGCCUCUAUGGCCGGCAUGGCCGGCAUGUCCGCCAACCCCCUGGCCUUCAACCCCUUCCUGCUGUCCGCCAUGGCGCCUGGGCUCUUCUACCCCUCCAUGUUCCUGCCCCCUGGCCUGGGUAACCUGGGUAACCUGGGCAACCUGGGCAACCUGGGUAACCUGGGCAACCUGGGUAACCUGGGCAACCUGGGUAACCUGGGUAACCUAGGAAACCUGGGUAACCUAGCCAACCUGGCUAAUCUGGGUAACCUUGGUAACCUAGGUAACCUGGGCCUCCCCCAGGCCCUGGCAGGCCUGCAGAGCGCCAUGGCAGGGGUGGCCGUGGAGGCCGCGGCGGGCUCGUCCACGGAGAGCAACGCCGAAAACGGCACUGACGACUGCGCUGGCUCCGGUGCGGAGAACGACACGGUCAGCAGCGCAGGCAGCAGCCCGGGCGGGAGCACAGGCGGGGGCACAGGGAACGACGCCGAGAGCGCCACGGGCACAGGCGCCGACACGGACAGCACCGCCGAAGCCCCCGGAGACGCCAGCGCGGAGUAGGACCCCGUCUGUAACCGAGGAAACGAAGAACCACACCCUACCCCACCAAGACCCAAGACCCAAUCACUACUGUGUACAUGACACUGUUUAUCCUUCUGUUUUACUCUCUUUAUUUUAAACUUUUCCCAAAGCAAAAUGAACUGCCUGAUGAAAAGCCACUGUCAUACACUGUAGCGGAUGAUGCAUCACUGUUGCGCAACAUGCCAGAAAGCGGCAUUCUGGGUACAAGGGGCUGCGCAGCCGUGUUCUAACCACAGAGAGUCGACUGAACUGCUGUAACGGGGCUUCAUGGAGGAGUGCUCUGGUCCUGCUGCUCCGACCUGCUCUUCCUCCCGUCGAGGGAGCCUCUGACAUUGUCAACCAGCGUCUCUAAAGCAGAGGAUCGACCAAGAUGUGUGUAUUUAAACUUUUUAUGUCUUUAUUUUUGAUUCCCCCUGUCAAGUUCUGUUUUGUGUUCUGUUCUGCUGUUCUUUUGUAGUUUUUAUUUUUUUUUGCUGUGAAGGUCAGGAUGUCUGAUGCACGUCUCUCACGCAUUGCUCAGACCGCCCUCGGGUAUCCUACAAUCCCCUCUGUCCUGUGGAAACGGCAAUAAGGAAUAAAGUUAUACAGGCAGCUGCUGAAUGUCCCACCAGCCUCAGGGCUCCCCACCGGGACACUGACCAAGAAAUAUUAAAAAUGGGGGAAAAAAGUACAGUCAUUUUGUCUCAUGAUAAUGUCGUUUAUGCACUGGUAAUAACUAUUGAUGAAAAAUAAAUCAGGUACAUUUAUCUAUUGAAAGGACUUGUUUUGUUACUCUAGCCACAAAGAUGCACAGCAUUACCUCAACUUUAAACUAGCCUUGAAGUUUACAGACGUGACUUUUUUUUGUGUGUGUGGAAGGGGUCUGGAUUUGUUCUCGUCUUUUUUUUUUUUUUUUUUCUGAAACCGUUUUGUAUGAUAAACUGUAAAAUGCUGUAGUAAUGUUGCUACUUUUAAUAAAAAGUCACACAUCGUAUACAUCUAGGAUACCAAA